GUCUGGCCCUACCCAUGGAGCCCAGCUUUUAACCUCCUGCAGAGAUCCCAGAGAACCUCAGCCAACUGUUAUUGGCUCCUCAACUAGCUCCUUAAAGCCGGCGGCUUAUGGGGCGCUAUCCCGUCCAGCUUCACUAAGAUGCUGAUGGCCUCUCCCUACACCCCAUCCAGAGGACGCACCCCUAGCGCUGUGGAGAGGUUAGAGGCCGACAAAGCCAAGUAUGUCAAAACGCACCAGCUGAUAGCGCGACGCCAGGAGCCGGCCCUGCGAGGGAGUCCCAGACCGCUCACUCCGCACCCCUGCAAUGAGCUGGGACCCCCCGCAUCGCCCAGGACGCCCAGACCCGCCCGCCGGGGCAGUGGCCGGAGGCUGCCGAGACCCGACUCCCUCAUCUUCUACCGCCAGAAGCGGGACUGCAAGGCGUCGGUGAACAAAGAGAACGCCAAGGGCCAGGGCCUGGUGCGGCGCCUCUUCCUGGGCUCUCCUAGAGACGCCGCCUCCAGCACCCCGAGCCCAGCCGAGCGCCCCGCGGCUCCCAGAGACUGGGUCGCGCCCCAAGAGCCCCCUGAAGGGGUGGUGGGGAAACGGGCGCUGUGCCCCACGUGUUCGCUGCCCCUGUCGGAGAAGGAGCGCUUCUUCAACUACUGCGGCCUGGAGCGCGCGCUGGUCGAGGUGCUCGGCGCCGAGCGCUUCUCUCCGCAGAGCUGGGGCGCCGAGCCCGGCCCCCAGCCCGGGACGCCGCCGCCGCCGGAUUCCCAGGACGCCAGCGACUGGUCUUCUUCCAGCGACGGCUGGACCGACCGGCCCGACGGCGCGGACGGAGGCGGCGGCGGCGGCUCGGAGGCGGCGGGCUCGGCGCGGGACGGGCGGCCCCAGGUGUCGGUGGUGGAGCGCAACGCGCGCGUCAUCCAGUGGCUCUAUCGAUGCCAGCGCGCCCGGGGCUCGCCGCGCGAGUCGGAGGUGUGA